UUGCGACAUCCAGCCAGUUGGUCUGAAACGUGAAAUGCAGGGGCCCUGAAGUCAUUUCCCUUUUCCUAUCGAGGGGGCGGGGUGGGCGACAUUCAUGCGUGGAUCCCCUGGAUUCGUGCCCGCACACAAGGUCUGGAUCCAGUGUCACUGGACCCACCCUGCUAUCGCCAAAUGCCAGCCAAACAGCACCAACCUGGCUCAGGGCGGAAGCAAAGGAGGCGACUGGAACAUCUUGCAAGCCGUUAGGGCGGCCGUUCUCGCCGUGAGGAAUGUCCGGCGUUAAUUCGACACAGCCCCCCACCCACCCAAUAAUACCCGAAAGAAAUAAAGUUUUUUUCGCUUCUGCUCUGGGUUUGCUGCGUUGAGCGCCUCCGCCAAGGUUAACGAAACCGGAGUGAAGAAAUCAAAGGUCCUGGGCGAAAUUUGGCUGUGAGAUUCGAUACUUCAACUCACCUGGUCUCUCUGGUUUUUUUUGUUUCACCUGCCAAAGGAAUUCGGGAUAAAUUUCCAGGAGGACAGGCUGGAAACUGGAACCCUCUUUCACUUCUUUGCACAGAGGUUGCCUGGCCGGCUAAAGUGUUGCUUUGAGUCUUUAUCGCGAUGAAUGACCGGACAAUGCUGACCUUACAUUCCACCUUCUGAGGAACAACAUUUGUCUUAACAAUUUGCAAAACCCGGGUACUGGCGAUGAGUUCAGUUAAUCUCGCCUGGUUUGUCCAGCUGGCUCUUUGCACAGUCGCGGUAACACAGAACAUUAAAGUCGAUGAUUUUAUAAUGGGGAAUGCUGGUGAAGGCCUGAAACUCCCCUGCCAUUUCAUCAGCAAUGACUCCAACGUUACAGUCGUGCAGGUGAUGUGGCUGAGACAAGCUGGGCCAAUGAGUGAGAACCUGGCCGUGUACAACCCGUUCUUGGGGACCAGUUACCCGACCCCAUUGGGGAGAGUCACCUUCCACAACGCAUCUUCCCGGAACUGCACCCUGACAAUCAACCCUUUAGAAUUGGCUGAUGAAGGCUUGUACAGCUGUGAGGUGAACGUAUUCCCCACUGGAAAGCACGAAUCCCACAUCAACUUAACAGUCCUGGUGAAGCCCAUCAAUAGCAUCAUCACCUUCCCAACAGACACUGGGUUGUCAGAAGCCCUGGUCGCCACUUGCACAGCAGCCAAUGGGAAGCCGGCAGCUGAUAUAACAUGGGUGGCCAAAGUCCCAGGGGCAGUCACGUCGAGUCAGACCGAACAUCCAGACCGGACAGUCACCAUCACCAGCCAGUACAGAAUAUCGGCCACCAGGGAGGCCAAUGGGGAGAAGUUGACAUGCGUAGUAUCCCACAAGGCAUUGAGAGAUCGGGUGAGCUUACCAGUGACAAUAUCAGUCCGAUACCCUCCGGAGGUGUCGAUUACAGGAUAUGACGCCAAUUGGCAUGUAAACAGACACAAUGUCAGCCUCAGCUGCAUUGCUGAGGCAAAUCCUCCAGCAACAACCUACCACUGGACAAUGACCACGGGACCAGUGCCUAAAAGUGCUCGAGGAGAAGGAAAUCAUCUAUUUAUAGAUCAAGUGGAUCGCUCGGUCAAUGGAACCUGGGUCUGUGAAGCCACAAACGCCGUUGGGAAAGGGAAGGGAAGAAUUGCAGUUGUAGUGAGAGAGGUGGACUCCAGUGCAGGCAAGUCAAUUGGAUCCACCUUGGUGUACAUUGUCCUGGGGACGGUUGUUGGGACGUUGUUGAUCGCUCUCUUUCUAGCCGUUGUGAUAGCGAAGAAAAGACGGAAAAUUGAGGGCACCAAAUCAAAAGCUAAACAUUCACCACAAAAGCGGAACCAUAUUAUUGUUCACGCAACUCUCAACCUGAACGUAGUGGAUGGUGAUAACCCUGCAAGGAGAGAGAACCGGGAAGCAGAAGCAACGGUGAACGCGGAUAUGCUGUCAGACCUGUUCCCAGGAUAUGCUGGCUGGCAUCACGCUUUAAAUUGGAGCCUUUGUGUAUUCCAUUGUUUCUGUGUCUUGGGGCAAGUGCAGACAAGGAUAGAGACAGCUCUGGGCUAAACCAUUUGCCUGGAGGUUACCCUCUCCAUCCCCCUCUACCCCCACCCUCCCAUUCCACCAAGAUCAACCUUGAUCUGCCCCAUACCUGUGUGUGCGGUGGAGGUAGCUGGGACCUGAUUGGAUAAACUGUGAUUUGGGAGGCCUGACCCACCUGGAGGUAUGUCAGGGUGAGUUUGACAGCCAUUCUUUCUCUCAGCAUGUGGAUUGCCUGAGUUUAGUACAUCAGUGUGUGAAGUUUGCCUCUGGAAAGACUGGAAUGUGAUUGCCCUUUUUGUGAUUGCCAUUUUGAAGUGUUUUGUAAUGAUCUUACAGAUAUUUUAUGAAUAAAGUAUAUUUUUGCAAACACAAA